GUGGAUUCACCCGUAAGAAUGAGGCUACGUUUCCACUGCGUUCACUGAACACACCCGGGGCAGUUGGUACUGGAUACUCGCUCAGGCACAGGCAGACAAAGAAACAGGCACAAUGGUGAAGGGAACAUGGCCAACAUGUGCGAAGUACACGCUCAUAGUUUUCAACUUUCUUUUUAUGGUCGCUGGUAUGGCGGGAGUUGUGCUUGGUAUUCUCACAAUUGUUGACAAACCGUUACUGAACUACCUGGGAAACAUAGACUCCAGUGGAACAACCCAAGGCGUGAUAUCAAGUGGCUCGUAUGCUAUCAUUGUCGGGAGCUGCAUCAUAAUUCUCUUCGCCAUCUUUGGCUGCUGCGGAGCUUGCAGGGAGAGCAAGUGCCUUCUCGGAGUGUAUAUCGGCCUACUCUGUAUCACCUUGAUCGUGCAAAUAGUUGCAGGGGCCUUGGCCGCGUACUUCAGAACACAGGCUGAGGCGGAAGUAAAGGGCUGGCUCCUGGACCAGGUCAAAUCUCAGUACGACGGCAGAGGGGACACACAGUUCCAGUUUGGAAAGGCGCUUGAUUUUGCGAUGGUCGAGUUUGAAUGCUGUGGAAUAAACAACUAUAGCGACUUUAAAGACACGGCUGCCAACUGGACCGAGCGAAGAUCCAGAAUCAUCCCUAUUGCUUGCUGCAAGCUGGACAAGCCAAAGUUUUACAGCACUAACCUGUUCAUAGUGAACGAUACCACCUGCACCACUGCUCCCACCUAUAUCAACUCUAAUAUUGCCACUCCAUGCUAUGACAAGAUUCUAGAUCACAUAGUGACGCAAGCCAUCUACAUCAUUUUCAUCGCUUUUCUAAUUGUGGCUUUAGAGGUCCUGGGGAUUGUAUUUGCGUGUUGCCUGAUUCGGAAAAUAGGGGAUUCCAAGGUCUGAGAGACCCGUGUGCACGAACUCAUUCGUACAUACUUGCCUUCAACGUCUUGUGUAAUAUUUCAUAACUGUGUGCAUCGGUUCAUCACCCUCGACGGGUCGCCUGCAUGGAUCAGUCUCCAUGCUUAUCUUUUUUAACAAAAUAUUCGAGAAUAUUCCUUUACGUGCAGUAAUGUGUAGGAAGAAAUGUGUGUCUUCACACACGGUGACAUGAGAACACAAACAUUAUAUGAACGAGUACCUUUCUGAUGAAACAACGGCCCAAGUUCUAUUCGUGCUGAAUUAUAUUGAGGACCAACCCAGCUCGUCGCAUCAGGAUCGGGGUUAAUUUGUUGCUGGAUAUAUAGUUAACUGUUUGAGGGAU